AGGUUAGGUAGCUGGCUGCAUCCAGUAACGUAAUAUCACAGGAACAUUUUCAUGUUGGGAAUUUACUCUCGACACUGAGUUAGAAUGCCAUCACUAAAGAAAUUUGCCUGUGAAGGCCUGUUCUUAAGAAUACUGACAGUGUGUCUAACAGCUGCCCUGGAUGUUAAAGUUCCAGAUUUCCCAGUGAUUGCAAUGUUUGGGCAAGACGUUACUUUGAACUGCUCCUUCACUACUGAUGCAAGUUUUAACAUUACGGAUCUCAACAUUAUUUGGCAGCUCACAGACACAAGCAAAGUGGUUCAUAAAUAUUUUGAAGGGAGUGACCAACUUGCUGACCAAAGUGACAGCUAUGCUAACAGAACUCGUCUCUUCCCCAUGGAACUUCCCAAUGGUAAUGCCUCUCUGCUCUUACAGAAAGUUCAGAUCAGUGAUGAGACGAGCUUCACCUGCUUUGUUCGAAUUCAGGCAUUUCAAAGUGCUGCUGUUGCCCUGCAGGUAGCUGCUCCUUAUUCCAAGCCCUACUUGGUUGUGGAACCCAGUAAAAACCUAAAGCCAGGUGAUGAAGUUACAGUCUCCUGCCACACCUUUGGAGGCUACCCAGAAGCAUCUGUCCUGUGGCAAGAUGGAAGUGGGCGUAAUAUUACAGAGAAUGUGACAACAUCCCAGGUAGCUAAUGAGAAGGGUCUUUUUGAAGUACGGAGCACACUUACGGUAUUGCUGGAGCCCAACAGUACAUACAGCUGCAUUGUGAGCAAUGAACUGAUACAGGAAAAUUCACAUGUGUCUGUAACCAUCACAGGUCAACACCUGGGCUUUCCAGCCAUUGCCGUAUGGGUGUCAUUAGGACUUGCUGUCUGCCUUGUUGUGCUUCUCAUAGCACUAGCUUAUGUUUGCUAUAAGAAAAUCAAGGAAAGCUGUCAAAAAGAAAAAGAAGGUAUGGUAAUCCAAGAUGUAAAGCAGAUUUGA